AUGAUAAAUAACUGGGAGUUAGCUAAUUUUAUGCAGUCUUCUGCAUCACCUGAUGAUUGUCCUCACAUAUGUGAAAGUUUGCCUGAACAUGGCCAUGAGAAUUUGGACAGCCUGCUUUCCCCUUACAGUCAUGGGUCAUUUCAGGAUAGGUACCUGGGCCUCUUUUUCCCAUUUCUAGACUUAAUCAAUUGGGCCAGUGGAAUUCGAGGUGUACACUUUUUCAACUGGGCAAGAACUUUUGGUUGCUGUCCGGAGCUAUUCUUUGCUCCAAAAACAGAAGAUGAAGUUAUACAAAUUAUUAACCUGGCUCGUGAAGAGAAGAAGAAGAUACGAGUGGUUGGACAUGGCCAUUCUCCAUCAGACAUUGCAUGCACCACAGAUUUUAUGAUUAGCCUACAACAUAUGAACAAAGUUUUAGAGGUUAAUGAAGAAACUUGGAUGAUUAAAGUUCAAGCUGGAGUCACAGUGAGAGAUUUGAAUGAGAAGCAUCUCCCAAAGUAUGGCCUGGCUAUACCCAUUUUAGGAUCAGUUUCAGACGUUACAUUAGGGGGUGCUGUUAACACUGGUACACAUGGAACUGGUGAUAACUACGGAACAAUGUCAACAUAUGUUGUUGAAUUGGAGCUUUUAACAUCUUCUGGGCAAAAAGUUCGAUGUUCAAGAGAAGAAAACAAAGAAAUAUUUCUGGCUGCAGCGUGUGGGCUAGGAGCCAUGGGAGUGAUUAUCACCAUAACUUACCAGUGUGAACCAGCAUUUCAACUUGAACAACGUCGGUUUCCAUCAACACUGAAAGAGGUUAUAGAACAUCUAAACCUGCACAUUAAAAGCUCCGAACAUUUUCGAUUUGUUUGGUUCCCUCACAUUGAUGGUGUUGUUCUUUGGCAUUCAAAUAGAACAAAGAAACCAAUAACAAAAGUGACCAAACUUCAGCAGUGUGUUUCCUGGUUCUGGAACUAUAGCAUUGGAUAUUAUGCUCUUGAGUUUUUUUACUGGCUCAGUACAUUCUUCCCAUCUUUGGUUCCAACCAUAAACAACGUAUUUUAUAACCUGUUGUUUACCCAGAAUAAAGAAUUUGUUAACGAAAGUUAUAAAUUAUUCAACCAUGAGUGUCUGUUCAAGGAACAUGUGAAUGAGUGGGCAAUUCCAAGAGACCAAACAGGUUCAGUUUUGUGGAAACUACAGGAGUGGCUGGAUAAGACUCCUGAUGUCUAUGCUCACUUUCCAGUGGAGGUACGAUUUGUCAAGGAAGAUGACCUAUACAUUAGUCCUUCCUAUGGGCAGGAGACGUGCUAUAUUAACAUCAUAAUGUACAGACCUUACAACAAAGAUGUUCCUCAUGAACGAUACUGGGCAGCCUAUGAAGAAGUAAUGAGAAGUGCAGGUGGAAGACCACACUGGGCAAAGGCUCACAGUGUGACAGCCACAGAGCUCCGACAGAUGUAUCCACAUUUUGACACCUGGUGCCAAGUACGACAACGGAUCGAUCCCAUUGAUAUGUUCAGAAACUCUUAUUUGGAUAGAAUACUCGACCAUUGAUGAUUAAUGAGAUUUUGGUAACUGUUAUGGUGUCUGAUCUAGAUGUCUUAGUUUUGGUGCUCUUAUUGAAAGUCAUCCCACACAUAUAUAUAUAAAAACUUCCAAACCAAGAACUCGGACUCAAACCAAUAAAAAAACUUCCAAACCAAGAACUCGGACUCAAACUAAUAUCAAAAGCUCACCUUAGUUUCGAAAUAUUAUUUACAAGUUAAAACUACUUUUAUUCCUGUCAAUAGAAGAGUAGUUUAAGAAUUAGGUGUUUUUCAGAUAUCUUUUAUGUACUAUCAGUGCAUCAUAUAAGCUAUUUUCAGGCUUCAGUAACUCCAAACUACAGGUAAUUGCCAGUUGGUAAUAGCUGUAAAACGUAUUUGUGAAUUUUUCACUGAAGAAAAAAA